AUGGCUCGCAACAAAAACCGCGUCUACGUGGCGCUCUACUUCCGUAACUACAUCACGAGCGAUCCACGAUUAGUGCAGCAGUACGGGCUUGCUGCCUAUCAUUGGGCUAUCUUUGUGGAGGCAAAAGGGGGACAGCCAUCAAAUUGCUUUGAUGUCAAAGAAGACGAUGCGUUUCCAGCUCAAGGUAUCGCCGGAGGAUGGGCCUACCACACGAGAUACGGUGUAAAACAAAGUGGAUCUAUGCUUGCCAAGAUCAUGAUCGGGAAGCUUCCGCCAAAUAUCGACGAACACGGUGUGGGCGAUAUGCUGAGUCCCAAAAACCUUCCGCUGCCAUUGUACAAUCCCCAACCCGAUCCAGAACUGUGUCAGCUGGGUUAG